AGUUACUGCAGUACUUUUUCAAUGGAGAACGUGACCCGCCUCUGUGCUCCCAUUGACGAUUCCAGUUCGGCAUACAAUUCGCCAGUGAUCAUUAUAACAUGCAUCCUGGGAUUCAUUGGAAAUGCGAUUGCUUUGUGGAUCUACUGCUUCCAUGUACAGAGCUGGAAGCCAAACACGGUGUAUUCUCUGAACUUGGCAAUUGCGGACACUCUGCUAAUCUGCUGUCUUCCGUUCCGAGCCGGUUACUACAUACGUGACAAAAAUUGGAUUUUUGGUGAUGUCCUCUGUCGCCUGAACAUAUUCAUGAUUUCCUUAAACCGCGUCGGCAGCAUCAUCUUCCUUAUGGUCAUUGCGGUUGACCGCUAUUUUAAGGUGGUCCACCCGCUCCACAAAGCGAACAAGGCAACUCCAAGAUGCGCGGUGAAGAUAGCAGUCGUCCUUUGGGUUGUGGCAGUGGCGCUUUGUUCGCACUUGUUGAUAGAAAGACACGAUUUCAUCCAAAGGAAUGUCACGUUCUGUGAGCCUUUUAACAUAAACUUCCCCAAGAGUCCCACAGCAAUUUGGACUGACGCAGUUUUUAUUGUUUUUAAGUUUGUUUUGCCGGUUACGGUGAUUCUGUUCUCUACCUCUUGCAUCAUCUGGAAGCUAAGACAGAUGGACAGUGAUAUAAGGGGUAAAUAUAGGAGAGCGAUUAAGCUUGUGAUCGCCGUGACGGUAGUUUUCAUAUUUUGCUUCCUGCCCACUAAUGUUGCUGUGGUCGCCGUUUUAAUCACAAGGCUUAGAAGCGAUGAAGAUUGCCAGUCAUAUGUCACAGCAGUUAAUAUAUUUUAUAAUACAUUAUUCAUGACAUAUCUGAACAGUGUGGUCGAUCCAGUAAUCUACUACUUUUCAAGUUCUGCGUUUAAAGGUGCCUUGAGGAAGGCUCUGCGUCCCCUUAAUAUCAGCGUUUCCAAGUCAACAACGGAUCAGGAAAUGGAGCCUCGGGAAUCUAAGGCAGAGCCGUCUACGGAUCGACAUUUGAGCUCCGCCGUUUUCCUCUGAUCGCCUGCAGUCGGAUUCUGCUGUGUAAUAUCGAUUCUCAUGUAGCUAAAUGAUAACCCGUGACUUAGUGCAAAACUUCGGAAUCAAGCACGUUUUGUCAAGAAGUGGUUUGGUCCUAACAUGUUCUGAAAUGAAUUGUGAUUUACUGGAACUUUAUUAAGUCUUGAUGUUGCCGCGUAUCGGUUUAAAUCCUUUUAAAGCACAAAGUUCAAAGUAAAUGUGUUAGCAAAGUAUCUAUAUGUCACCAUAUGCUACCCUGAGAUUCAUUUUCUUGCAGGCGUUCACGGUAGAACAAAGAGGUACAAUAAUAGAAUUCAUGACAAACUACACUCAAAGAUUGACUAACAACCAAUGUAAGACUACAAAGAAAAUAGGCCUUGUAAUUAAACAAUCAUUAAUUGGUUAAACAAAUGUAUAGAUGGAUAAAUAAAUAGAUAGAUACAUGAAAAAGUAGGUAUGCAAGUGAGAAAUUGAGCUGUAGAGUCUUGAAAGUGAAUUUAUAGGUUGUGGAAUCAGUUCAGAGCUGAGGUGCAUGAAGUUAUCCACGCUGGUCCAGGAGCCCAAUGCUUGAAGUGUAAUAACUGUUACUGAACCUGGUGGUAUGGGACCUUAGGCUCCUGCAUGUAUUUCCCAGUGGCAGCUGCGAAAAGAGAGGAUGCCCUUUGUGGUGGGGGCCCUAGAUGAUGGACACUGCUUUCUUGUGGCAGUGCACCUUGUAGAUGUGCUCAGUGGUGGAAAGUGAUUGAUAAAGGGACCAUUUCAGCAGGAAUUAGAAAUGACACUGAGUUUACAGAGAGUAUGAGGGGGAACUUCUUCACUCAGAGGGCAUAAGAGUGUGGAACAAGCUUCCAGAACAAGUGAUGCAUGUGAGCUUGAUUUCAAUGUUCAAGAGAAAUUUGGUAGGUACAUGGAUGGUAGGGGCAUGGAUGGCUGUGGUCCAGUUGCAGGUCAAUGGGAGUAGGCAGUUUAAAUGAUUCAGCACAGAAUGGAUGGGCCAAAGGGCCUGCUCCUGAGUUGUAUUUUCUAUGACAGUACAUAAUGUUUAAAGUUGCUCCUUGUCAACCAUGCUGCUUUCAUUUAAUCUCAAUGUAUUUCUCAUACAGUUCUCACCCAUUCUCUCACCAAAUUGCACUGUUCUUACUGGCAUUUAAUUAGUUCAAUGUAACAUUACUCAUUUAAGGGCAAAACAGAACAAUGCUGGUCCAGUCAAAUAUACCCAUGGCAAUCAGCAGCAGAGUGUUGGGGAUGUCAAGCAGUUCUUCUUAACAGCACGGCAGUAUAGUGCCAUUGCCAUCCGGUGGUGUACUGGCAUCAGCACUGGCCUUUGAGGCAAGUGGUCCCAGGUUCAAAUCUAGCUGGCUUCUGCACUUGCUUCCCCACUGACCUGAUUCCUGGACCAGGACCCAGGGCAGAUCAGGAGCGCAUGGAGGCCCUGUGUAAGUUGGGAAAGGAAUGCACUACUACCCAGAUUGUGGAAGAGUCUGCCUAUUGGAUCUUAGCGUCACUAGCCACCUCUUCUCAGAGCCAGUCUUCUCAAUCCCACGGGACUGCCUCAGUAAUAAGUGUCUCAAAAUGUUAAAGUGCAAACUAGUGAAAGUCAAGUUUGAGCAGUACAGCUGGGGAAUUGAAAAUGAGGAAGUACUGCUGUCCUUUCUCCUACUGCUUACAGAAUUAUAUUUUGUUGAAGUAGACCUAGCAUUUUGACCAGGCUUAGACAUUGCAAUGAAUCAAUUCAACUCUGUUCUUCAGAUGCUUUGAUCACCGGGCACACGAGAUGUAACACCCCCCCAUCCCCGCCCAAUCCUCCCCCAUUCCGUCCUGUGCUUGACCAUCUUUGUGCUCUUUAUAACUUGUGUUUUAUUGUAUUUCAAAAAAAUGACUUUAUUCCUGAUUCAUGAUAUAAAUUAUAUAUAGU